AUGACCGAGGAAAGGCCAAAGGGCCAUUCUCAGCAGGCAGCCCGCAAGCCGGCUAACGUGGCUGAAAGGCCCCAAGGCCUCUUCUGUGGAAACCUGCUCUUGGCCUGUCUCCAUGGUUUAGUGGGCCAUGAAGCAAAGCCCGUGCUCACCUGUUCGCCGAAGGUGAAGUCGACGCAUCAGCAGAAAAGGACGACGGAGAAAUCGGAGAAGUCGCACAAGGAGCACAAGCAACACAAGGAAGAGAAAGGACAGAAAGCGAAUAAGGAUGACAGGGCGCAUGAUAAAGACGGCAAGGAGGAGAAAACGCAUAAAGGACACAAGGAUGACAAAGCGCACGGAAAUCACAAGGAGCACAAAGUACACCAGGGGCACAGGGAAGAGAAAGCGCAACAGGGACACGUACAGCAGGCGGCAGACAAGAAACACAAGGAUGAGAAGGAGCACGGGAAAGCUCACGACGAGGACAAAGUCCACAAGGAGUCCAAGGGACGCAAGGAGCAGAAAGAACAGAAAGCCGAGAAGUCCGAACGCCCUGUAAAGGUCGUCGGAGCAGAAAAGACGGGGCAAGUGGUGAAGGGACACGAGGGAGGCCAAGGAGGUCAAGGAGGCCAAGGCAGCCAAGGAGGCCAAGGAGGCCAAGGAGGUCAAGGAGGCCAAGGAGGCCAAGGAGGUCAAAGAGGCCAAAGAGGUCAAGGAGGCCAAGGCGACCAAGGAGGCCAAGGAGGCCAAAGAGGUCAAAGAGGCCAAGGAGGCCAAGGCGACCAAGGAGGCCAAGGAGGCCAAAGAGGCCAAAGAGGUCAAGGAGGCCAAGGCGACCAAGGAGGCCAAGGAGGCCAAAGAGGCCAAGAGGUCAAAGAGGUCAAGGAGGCCAAGGCGACCAAGGAGGCCAAGGAGGCCAAAGAGGCCAAAGAGGUCAAGGAGGCCAAGGCGACCAAGGAGGCCAAGGCGACCAAGGAGGUCAAGGAGGCCAAGGAGGCCAAGGAGGCCAAGGAGGCCAAAGAGGCCAAAGAGGCCAAAGAGGCCAAAGAGGCCAAAGAGGCCAAAGAGGCCAAAGAGGCCAAAGAGGCCAAAGAGGCUAAAGAGGCCAAAGAGGCCAAAGAGGCCAAAGAGGCCAAAGAGGCCAAAGAGGCCAAAGAGGCCAAAGAGGCCAAAGAGGCUAAAGAGGCCAAAGAGGCCAAAGAGGCCAAAGAGGCCAAAGAGGCCAAAGAGGCUAAAGAGGCCAAAGAGGCCAAGGCGGCCAAGGAGGCCAAGGAGCAUAAUGAACAUCGGGAGCACAAUGCUGAGAAAGUGAGAGCAGAAAAGGGCGACAGAAACGACAGAACGGCAAAGGAGCAGAGGGCAGAGAAAGUGGAGACGCUCGAGAAGAAAGCGGAGGGGUUGGUAAAGUUGGAAAAGUCAAAGCAGGAACACCAUGAGGAACACAAAGAAGAACACAGCGAGAAACACAACGAGAAACACAGUGAGAGACACAGUGAGAGACACAGUGAGAGACACAGUGAGAGACACAGUGAGAAACUGAAAGAGAAAGACAGCGAGAAACACAGUGAGAGACACAGUGAGAAACACAACGAGAAACACAAGGAGGAAGACAACGAGAAGCACACAGAGCCGAAGGAGCCCAAGGCGGUGAAAGUGGCGGUGAAGCCGCUGAGCGGGGCUGCCGAGGGGGAGAAGAAGAGCGAGCGGGCGGCCGAGAAGACGGAGAAAAAAGAUCAGUACGAGUUCUGUCGCUAUGUGCUUGACGCGUUUGCGCACCAGCACAUGUCUCCAGCUCACAACCCCAGCUCUCCUGCCAAGGCUACACCGCCACCGGCCAAGCACGUAGCUCAAGGCUCUAAGAAGACUGCCGCUCCAAAGGAAGAUGGUGCAAAGAAGCCUGUGACUGCCGCAGCUGAGAGUCCUGCCAAGGCUGUUCCAGUGUUGACAGCAGCUGCACCCAAAUCCAAGGCGAAAAAAGCCGAUGCGGUGAAAGAGACAAAGCCGCUGCCCAUAGAGGAGGACAGCCACUCGCACCCGGCGAGCCCGCACGCCAAGCCUGCCGCAGCACCGAAGAAGCCUCCGACUCCGACUCCGACUCCUCCCGAAGAACCCGCGAAAAAAACGGAGCCUGUCGUGACGAAGGAUAAGGAGAAGUUGGCGCAGCCAGCCAAGACGGCCAAAGCAAAGCUAAUCCCAGCUGCCGUCGAAGAGGAUGAUUCAGGUUCGGUGAAGAGGAAGGUGAAAAAGACAGAACUGAAUGAGACUCUGGUGGCCGGACUUGAGAAGGACAUUCCCCUCUCUCACCUCGGAGGUGGCGUGCCGAAAACAAGCACGAAAGGCAAAGGCUUUCCUCAGCUGCAUCAGAAGCUUCUCAACAGAUUUGACAGGGACGUGCUGGAGGAGCUGGAAUGGGCUGAGAAAUUCUACUUGAAGGGCUGGCUGGAGAGGGCACUGGGCGCGUAUAACGAGCUGCUCGAGUCGUACCCCUACAGCCCGUGGUGCCACUUCAGGAAGGCGCAGAUUUCCGAGGAGCUGGCCGAUCGCCGCGGCUGUGCGUCGCUGGGCAGGAUGGCGACGCGGUUCUACGCCACCGUGGUGGAGAUGCCGGAGGUGCCGGCGGGCCUGGUGCGCCCGGCGCUGGAACGGCGCACGGCGCUGCUCCUGUCGCUCGGCAAAACCUGCGAGGCCCUCUCAACGUUCCGGAGGCUCGUCAAGGUUUUUCCCAAGGACGCCUCGCUGAGGGCGGAACUGAAGAGGAUCGCGGAUUCCCUGAAGCGGGCGGAGGAUCCACCCCAGCCCUGCGCCAACGAGGUGGCGGGAGGAUGGCUGGACGUGUGAAGUUGGGGAGAUCGUUUGAGGCUUUGCUGUCUCUCCGGGAGGAGAACGCAGCUGUGAUGUUUGCUCGCAAGCAUUUCCAUCGCAAAGCCAAAUCCCCGGCCGCUCGUGACCUCUCCACCACUCACGCCCGACCGCAAAGAAUCUCUCUCUCUCAUUGCUCAGAAGGAUUUUUUUUUAUCAACUCUUUCCAACGAGGGUUGGCUGCCUUUAACGGUGGCCAUUUGCGACACGGGGACACGGUAACGCUCACGAUCCAGUACGGACCAGGCUUGAGCACAAAAUCGUGUUGCCAUCGGACACUUGGAGAGAAUAUUUGCUUCAGCAUCCCAGCGUGGAGGGCCGAGCCACUGGCCAAGCCGCGUCGUCUCGUCGGGGCCUACGCAGGCUGCUGCAGCACCAAACAGCAAAUUCCAGCAAAAGCAACGGUGACGCUUUGUGGAAAGAGACCGGAGGUGGAGGACGACUGAAAAAAACGAUUGACGAAUGGAGUGGAGGAGGCACUGGGGUGGAGAGGUAUGACAUGGAAGCACAUACGAUGAGCACGGUUGGCUACUUAUGGUGCGAAAGAAGUUCAACACAUAUAUAUACAUCUGCAGCGGAUAGGACAUGAUGAUGAUGAUGAUGCUUGCCAAGCGUAGAGGACUGCUGCUGCUACUGGGAGUUCGUGGACCCAGCGGCCUCAAUAAAGGAGCUGCAUGGGCGGAGGAAGGUGAAGAGGCCGAGGGGAAAUAUUUUAUUUUUUCGCCACCCAAGAAGCCGUGAUUGAGAAGCCAGAAUCCGCGUGCCUCUCUAGCGAGGCCUGGGGACGCCGCGAGCUACGCUGAUCGACGUCGCUUGUCGUCCAGGAGAUGUCACCGUCGUAGAGGGCUGGCAGACGACGCAGCGCACACGGCCCCCCACCCCCCGGUACCACCCUGAGACUCAUUGGUAAAGAGGCACCGCCCCCCCACCCACCCACCCACCACGGAUGCCCUGGGAAUGGUCGGUGCUGCCCUGGCUGCCCUGGCUCCCCUGGCUGCCCUGGCUCUCCCUGGGACCCGUUGGUGCUGGGCCCAUUUGCUUGGUCCCAGGCUCUGUCUCCCGUUUCUCUGCCCUGACCCCUCUUCCACCUCCCUUCUACCCCAAUGUAGUUCUACGCCUUUGUAGAGUGACCUUACAUGCACUUGCAUUUCAAUGGUGAUACUAUCCUGGUUAAAGCUCUGAGGCAGCGGUGGAAAUUCCACAUUUCUCUGGUCGGUAUGAGUCUGUCCGUGGGAUUAUGUGAUGUUGGCUUCUCCACAGAGUGGUCUUAAUGUUACGCACCCAGGAGGGAGGGAUGAUGGGCUGGGUUGACCCCCCAACCGAGGUUUGAACUCUUGACCUCAUUUGCGAGCCGCUCGCUCUCCAGCUGUGCCACUCGACCAAGCUGCUUCAGACACUAUUAUCAAUGGAAAUCGCUGCUGUACGGUGCAGCUAUUGCACCGCUGAUUGCCCAUACAUGAACACAGGUUUGCCUGUUAAGCGGCAGCCGUGAGUGUAGCCAGGGUGAUCCGUUGAUGACAUCGAAUCAUCGACUAAAAAAAUUACUCAGCAGCCCCUUAAAAAUGAUGGCCAUCCAGACAUCUUGCCUCCCGUGGCAGGAAUCCCCUACAAGCCGCACCCAACCAGACCUGGGUGAUGAUGAUGAUGCCGGCGAUGUCGCCAAGCCCCGCCACCCGUCACCUCCCAUCCAGCGGCACACGUGGGAACGGAGGCGAGACUCUUCGCGUUAUCCGAUUGGUCGAGUAAUGGAAUCGAUAAUCGAUCGAGUAAUCUGAUUUGUUUACGAAGUAAUGGGCAGAGUAAUCUUUUUUACCCAAGCAAUCGGAUUACAUCCCAGCUCUCGCUGCGAGCGAAGGAGUCGAAGCGGCAACGUUGGUGCCCCCGCAGCCGACCCGGGUCGCUUGAGCGUCCAGCAAUCCGCAUGAACCACGCAGGCGAGCUUGUCAUUGAAUGCAGUUUAUUUCAAACGACUCUCAUCGGCCUAGACUCGGAUCCUCGCGACACCAACAGCAUGUAGACUUCACGCAUCAAACUACCCUGUCAUGUUAGCAGCUCGUCAUCACGGAGCAGCGUGGCGUGCCCGUGCGGUGACACCAGCGGUGACACAGACGGUGACACAGACGGUGACACUGGCGGAGACACUGGCGGUGACACUGGCGGAGACACAGGCAGUGACACUGGCAGGCAGCAACGAAGCGGGGCUCCUGGAACUGUCCCAAACCUCGGCGUUGUUGGCGUCCGUCGUGUGUGAGUGUUUGCGCGCGCGCACGUAAUUGAUGUGCGUGUAACGAUUCAUCGCCAUACUAUGUUGUAGGCAGCAGAGCGCAGUGCUGCAAAAUCAGUUGUGAUAUACUGUGUUCCUUCAUCUACGCCCCCUCUCCAUGCCUUCACCAAUCCGCACUGAGCAGCGUGGUGAAGUAUGGUCAUUUAGCCCCCCACGACCCGCACGGCGUAGCCAGCGCUCACGUGGCCAAACACCGGCGAAGCACAGCAGUCGUCCAUCCAAGGGCUGUUCAGGCUUCAAGCCUCCUUAACUUCCGUCAUCCGAUGAGAUCAGGUGCAUUAUGGGUGGCUGGAUCGUGGGAUGAAUGUCAUUAAGAUAAAUGAAACAAAUCGUAAACUAUUCUCACACGUGGAAAAAAAAACUAACUAAUAAUUUUAAUCGAUGAGCUGUUACAUGCUACGUUGUGUUGUGCGAGGGGUAAGUCAGAACGUGCUCGUGGUAUAUUAGAUUACGCGCUUUCACGCCCGUUACUCUCGUUUGUUCAAUGCUGUGACCCUUCAUACGAAUGCUCGUUCUCUAUUAUGUUUAAUCAAUACAGACGCGGCUUCUAAAUCAUUCCUGUCGGAGUGGUGCGACCGUCUAUUUGUAGAAUGUCAUAUCAGUCGCCCCAAAACAUUUGCUCUCACGUUCCCUGUAAAUUUGCCCAAACUAUAUACACACAGACACACGCGCGCAGACGGCCAAACACAUAUAUACGAUUGUGGGCAGUGGUGGUGCUGGUCGAUUGGAGGGCCCCCCUUGGUCGAUUGGAGGGCCCCCACCCCCCCUCCCUUUCACUUCAUAAACUCGUAGCGAGAUGACAGAAGAGAUAUACACAAGAGAUGUCGUCAGAUAAGACAAAUGUAGACAGAAAUAGAGGUGGCGUGAGAUGAGAGAAGAGAGAUACACGAGUGAGAUUAUUUGGCUUUAUGUUCAUUAUCGUGUUACGUUCAUUAGGAUUUGACUUUGAGCUGAUGUUUUCGUGCUCCCAUAUUUUUUCAUGAACAUGAAGGGGGGGACGACGACCCCCCUUGAGCUACUUGGGGUCUGAAUCUGGUACCUGCCGUUGCUUCUGCCCAGCGGCCAUCGCCCGCCCGCUCGCUCGCCGGCCUCCGAGCACUUUCCUGCAACCCGUUGGGUUCCUUCGAUAUGCGGAUCGUUUAUUUUCAUCAGCGGUAAAUGCCAGGGCCGCAGUUUGCGGUUAGCGAGGACGUUCAACAAACGAGGGCAUCGCGUACGAUGGAUGUGUGGGAAUGCCCAAAGAAUUAUUAGUUGCUGCUCCUGCCACUGCGCUGCGCUUGUGUCCACACUUGGGGGGGGGGUGGGGUGAGGAACGACUUCUGCUCUUUCGCUGCAAAGGUACCCAGAGCGCACGAUGCAGGCAGUGCCAUUCACGCGUUGCGGUGCCGUGUUCACUUUGCCCCAUUGAUAAUUUUGUACGCGCUUGUUUUCGGUUCACCCUUGCGACAUUUCAGAUUUUCUUUCCUGCGCUAACUGUGGCUGUAGUCUGUGACCAAAUUUCACUCGGGAGUUUGCCCGAUCUCGCCAGAUCUUCGGAGGCUACACAGAGUCGAGAGCCUGGACAUCGCUGGGUUGAGCCAUCACCACCGGCAAUGCACCGGCACGGCUGCCGUGGGGUUUGCAGUCGGCUGCGUGCUGGGCAGUCGAGGGCAGUGCGGCAAAAUCCUCGUCUUGUACUUCCGUGUUUAUCAGACGGCUUCUACGAUAUGGUCGUUCACGGCAUUAUCGCGCUCACGACACACAAAGCGCUCGCCACCAAUGAACCGCAACACCUCGCUGAUCUCGUCAAGGAGCAUAAACAUCAUCCCGCGAACCCCCCCCCCCCCCCAGGUUAUCCUCGCAGCAGCGGCUUUUGGCUGGCCAUCGAACAACAGACGGUCGCCGCAUCGCGCGCUGUCAGAUGCGCUUCUGGGGCCGUCUGGAAAGCUCUUCCUUCCGAUAUUUCGAAGCCACUGGGAGCUACUCACUUUUACGUAACCUAGAUUGAAACGUAAUUUCUUUACAACUACUUUGUGUGUUUAAUUUGUCGUCCUUCCCCCGCACCUCCGAUUAGCACGGUUGGCUUACGUAUGGUGCGAAAGAAGUUCAGCAGACGUACGUGGCACCGAAUCACGUGACUCCUCCUGCUCUGCGCGCAG